AUGCCCUCCACCGGCCCUCACGCUCCACUCUCUCUCUACGCUCCCCCCCCUCACGUUUCCUACCGUCCCACGCUGCCCUUUAGCCCCUCCACGCUCCUACGUCCUCCUUCGCUCCUCCGUACGCUGCCCCUCCACGUUCCCUCUCUUACUCCCCUCACCUUCCUCCUCCACACCGCCCCUCCACGCUCCCUCUCUACGCUCCCCCUCCACGUUCCUCCUCCACGCUGCCCCUCCACGUUCCCCCUCCAUCUCCCCCUCCACGAUUCCUCCGCCACACCGCCCCUUAAACCACGCUCCCCUCUAACGCUCCCCCUCCACGUUCCUCCUUCCACACCGCCCCCCCCACGCUCCUUCUACAUGCUCCCUCUACGCCCCUCCCACGUUCCUCCUACACACCGCCCCUCCACGCUCCCUCUCUACGCUCCCCUCGCUCCUCCUACGCGCCCCUCCACACACGCCCCUCCACGCUCCCUCUCUACCGCUCCCCCUCCACGUUCCUCCUCCACACCGCCCCUCCACGCUCCCUCUCUAGCUGCCCCUCCACCAUCCACCUCUCUACGCUCCCCCUCCACUCCCUCCUCCACGACCGCCCCCCCACGCUCCCUCUCUUACGCUUCCGGCCCCUCCACACCGCCCCUCCACCUCCCUCUCUACGCUCCCCCUCCCACUGAUCCUCCUCCAACGCUGCCCCUCCACGUUUCCCUCUCUAACGCUCCCCCUCCACGUUCCUCCUCCACACCGCCCCUCCACGCUCCCUCUCUACGCUCCCCCUCCACGUUCCUCCUCCACGCUGCCCCUCCACGUUCCCCCUCCAUGUUCCCCUUCCACACUUCCCUGAUGCACGUGGCCAGUGUGGACUGA